AUGCAGGCGCUCCUACUCCCCGCGCGGGCCGCGCCGCCGCCGCCGCCGCUGGCGAUGCUUCGGCAGCGUGCGGUUUCCGCGUCCGCGUGUGCGUCGCAGGUCUGCCGCACCCUACUCAGUGCCUGCGGUUGCUUCAGCUGUGGGGUCCACGGAAGCGCUCGGCGGCACCUCACAGUGGCGGUGGCGGCGGCCCCGUCCUCGUCCUCGCCCUCGCCCUCGUCGGGACCGCUCUACCCGACGCCUCCACCCACCGAGCAGGAGGUGGAGCGGGUCAAGCUCGAGCAGGUUAUGAAGAGACUAGAGAAAACAGCAAGGUAUUUCAAGAAUUUGGGUACCUUUGGGUUCUGGUCCCAGUUGGUGUGCACAAUUGUUUCUGCUGGAAUUUUGGCAUUCUCUACAGUUGUAACGGGGAAGGUGACAGCACCCUUUACAUUCUAUGCAACUGCUGCUGGUAUUGUUGCUGCUUUUAUCUCAGUCUUCUGGUCAUUUGGUUACAUCCGUCUCUCUGAAAGGCUUAGAAGAACAUCAAAAGAACCUGCUAAGGCUCCUCCACGCGCUGAUGUUGUUAAGAGCCUGAAAAAUGGCAUUGUUCUUAAUAUUCUUGGGAUGGCGCCGCUGUUCUCGGCAUGCAAGCUACUGUCGGUGCUUUGGUAG